AUGGACGACGACAUGCCGACGACGCUCGAGCAGAUCGAGGAGUACCUCGAGUCGCUCGAGGACUACUUGUUAUCGUCGCUGCAGGCUGUUACUCCUGACCUGCCCCAUGUGAACGAAGCCAUGCAUCGUCUGUGGGAGGAUGUCUCGCGCUUCGGUCCAAAAUCACUCCCUUCCCUCCCGGACAUCCACCUUCCUGGCAUCGGUCCGUUCGAAGUCCCACCACCCCCGCCGCCUCCCCCGCCGCCCAAGAAGUUCUGGGAGGAAUCGGCACACUGGGUGUCCGAGCACCCGUGGACCACGGCGGGCAUAGGCGUCGGUGUCGUUGGCGCCGGCCUCCUCGUGGGCUACGGCUCCUUCCAUAUCUUCACCCGCAGGUCCCGGAGGACAAAGGCUGCGGUAGGGACGGCUAGUACAGAAAGGAGACAGGUCGUGGUCGUCCUCGGGGGAGACCAUCCGUCUGGACUUCCGCUCGUGCUCGAGUUGGAGCGGAAGGGAUACAUAGUGAUCAUCAGCGUGUCUACUCCCGAGCGCGUGGAUGAGCUCGAGAGGAGAUCUCGCGGAUAUGUGCGCGCCCUCGUCCUCGAUCCUGCCGAUCCCGAGACCAUUCCGUACUUCCUGCGCUCGCUGGCUUCGACUAUGUCCCGUCGUUUCCCUGUCACGGCUGCGGGCGACCCACACUUAGCCCCUUCCACGCACCUCUACGUGCACUCGGUAAUCUCCCUGCUCACGCUACCUCUGCCUGCAACGGUACCCGCCCCGGCGCCGCUGGAGCACCUAUCUCUGCGAGACACAUACGCCUCGUACCUGCAGACGACACACAUCUCACCGCUGCAGGUGCUGCAGGCGAUGAUGCCGCUCCUGCGCACGUCUGCUGCGCGGGCGCGCGACUCGGUCUCGCAGAACCUCGGCAAGAAGAGCAUCAUCGUGUGUCUGCCCGCGAUGGAUGGCCGGGUCGGGCUGCCGUUCGCAUCCGCCCAGGCUAUGAGCGCAGCCGCCACGCUGCGGGGCGUCGAAGUGCUCCGCCGUGAGAUCCGCGUGGCGGCUCUUACAGACCCGACCGAGUCCAUGAAGAAUAUCAAGGUCGUGGUGGUCGAUGUUGGUGCCAUCGGAACGCAGGGUGCAGGGGGCAAGGCGUCGAUGGAUGAGUGGACACAGGGCGAGAAGUUGGCAUACGGACCGGCGUUCUCGUCCGUCGCUCAAGGCGGCUUUGUGUAUAGGAAGCCAACGAGCACUGCCGUCUUCGUGGAUACGCUCAUUAAUAUAGUUAGUAACGGCCGCAAGAGAGGCAAUGUCUCCCCGCUGAGGCAUGCUCUGGGUAGGAUUUUAGAAUGGGUGCGGGGCGAUCGUGUCGCCGUCGGCUCCGGGGCGGGUACGUACACCUUGGCGUCCCAGCUUCCGGCGCUCGUCCUCGACGCAUUGCUGAACAUCCCGCACUUCCUGGUUUCUAUUCGAAAUGCGCUUCUCCCCGUGCCUCCGCGGGUGGCGCCCGACCCGUCGGUCCCUCCCGUCGUGCCAGCUACUGUUCCUCCCACUGCGGCCGUUAAGAAGCCUGAGACCGAGGAGUCGCCGUUCAGUUCCGAUCAGGAGCAUCUCCAUGACCAUGAACUCUCAGAGACAGGCUCUGAGGCAGACGUAGAAAGCAACGAAGGAGAUGCUUCCGGUGUUGGUGAGUCGUGGGUUAGUCUGAAGGGCAAGUUGCAGGGCCAUGGCGGAGAGAAGUGA